AUGUCCACAUGGAUGAACAAAAAGCUCGUCGGUAUCCGUUACAUCAGCGAUCGUGUAAUACAAGCCGAGUUCCUUAUAAGAAAGAGACGUCUCAGGAUUAUUCAAGUUCAUGCGCCGACUUCUGCCGCAGCAGAUGAAGAGUAUGAGCAGUUCCUUGACGAGGUAGAAGCAGCACGACAUCCGUUUAGAAGUCCAGCUGUACCCGAAAUAAUCUUCGGCGACUUCAAUGCAGUCAUAGGACGCUCUCCCAACCAUGUGCCUGGAUGCGGACCUCAUGCUACUGGUAGAAGAAACGUUAGAGGCACGACACUGCUGUCAUUCUGCUCCGCAAAUGGCCUUUUAGUCGCCAACACAUUCUUCAAGAAAAAGGUUUGGUAG